CUGGAGGACGACACAUCAACUAGGACUCUGGGAUAUGUAGUCACAGUUCAGAUUUUUCUCCUUCGUGUAGCCAAAAAUAUCAAAUUAAUGUUCUAAGUCGAGCAGACUGUCCUUACCAGGAGGCACUAAGCCUACUUGGGUUGACAACCAACAUGAAGAUACACAUAUGGCUUCAGAAUACAUCAUACUGCGCUCAGCAAACCAUGCAGGAUGAUUUACUGAUGGACAAAAGCAAAGCUCAGCCCCACCAGCAAGACCCAACAAACGUAGACCCUCCUUCUACCCCGACCCCCUCAUCGGAAACCCCAACCUCGGAGGAGAGUCCAUCGAGUGUGACUAACCAAGCACCCUGCGCUCAAAACAACAAAGAGAAAGUACCGAUGGAGUCGCCGAUCCUGCCGGGGUUGAGCUUUCAUCAGCCGCAGGAGACCGGUGGCACCUCCUUGUCCCCAUCAUUUGGUAGCACUUGGUCUACUGGAACCACGAACACCGUAGACGAUAGUUUUUUUCAAGGAAUACCAUCAGUUAAUGGGACUAUGCUUUUUCAAAAUUUCCCACACCAUGUCAACCCGGUUUUCGGAGGGAAUUUUUCACCACAGAUUGGAUUGGCACAGUCACCGCACCAACAGCAGCAAGCACAGCAACAGCAGCCCCAGCAGAGGAGGUCUCCUGUUAGUCCCAGCCAUGCCUCUUUCCCCCAGAGAAACGCAUACAGUCACCAGACCGUCAUGAACAGCAAGGCUUCGUCGUCUUCUGCGUCGUCGUCAGCAUGGAAUAACCAUCAGAACGCACCGUGGAGCACAGGCUCCAAUCCCUGGAGCGGGCUCCAGGCAGGCAGGGACCCACGGAGAGCGGUGGGAGUCGGUGUUGGGGUGGGGGUCGGUGUCGGGGUGCCGUCUCCCCUCAAUCCUAUCUCCCCGAUGAAAAAGCCCUAUCCGAGCAACGUCAUUGCACCUCCGAAAUUUCCCCGUCCUGGUCCCCUGACCCCUAAGUCUUGGAUGGAAGACAACGCCUUUAGGACAGACAACAGCAACAAUAUGCUACCUUUUCAGGACCGGAAUCGGCCCUUUGAUCCAUUUAACUUGCAAACUUUGGAGAAUUCCUUAAUGGAUAUGAUAAGGACUGAUCACGACAAAGGACGCAUGGGUUUGAAUUUCCCCCACCCAGCAGCUGACCACAUCAUGCCCCUUAACACCAGGAGCUAUGGCCGCAGAAGAGGUCGUUCUUCACUGUUUCCCUUUGAGGAUGGCUUCCUUGACGAUGGCCAUGGCGAGCAGUCGCUGACGCCAGGGCUGAGCUCACCAACAGCGUUCCAGAACGGAGAGAGGAUGGAGCGUUACUCCAGGAAGGUGUUUGUCGGAGGCUUGCCCCCUGACAUUGAUGAAGAUGAGAUUACCAACAGUUUCCGUCGCUACGGACACCUAGUGGUGGACUGGCCACACAAAGCCGAGAGCAAAUCCUACUUUCCACCCAAAGGUUAUGCCUUCCUGCUCUUCCAGGAGGAGUCUUCAGUUCAGGCCCUGAUCGAUGCCUGCAUUGAGGAGGACCAGAAGCUCUACCUGUGUGUCUCCAGUCCCACCAUCAAAGACAAACCGGUCCAAAUCCGCCCCUGGAACCUGAGCGACAGUGACUAUGUGAUGGACGGAUCACAGCCACUUGACCCUCGGAAAACCAUUUUUGUUGGCGGGGUCCCACGACCUCUUCGUGCAGUGGAAUUGGCUAUGAUCAUGGAUAGGCUGUAUGGAGGUGUGUGUUACGCUGGUAUUGACACUGACCCGGAGCUGAAGUACCCCAAAGGGGCAGGCCGUGUGGCCUUCUCCAAUCAGCAGAGCUACAUCGCUGCAAUCAGCGCCCGAUUCGUCCAGCUGCAGCACAAUGACAUUGACAAGCGGGUGGAGGUGAAGCCCUACGUCCUGGACGACCAGAUGUGUGACGAGUGCCAGGGGGCGCGCUGCGGAGGCAAGUUCGCCCCCUUCUUCUGUGCCAACGUCACUUGCCUCCAGUACUACUGCGAGUACUGCUGGGCGAGCAUCCACUCGCGCGCCGGCCGUGAGUUUCACAAGCCCCUGGUCAAGGAGGGGGGCGACCGGCCUCGCCACGUGUCCUUUCGCUGGAGCUGAUGGGUGGGGGGGGGUCGUUAGAGACAGACCUGCCCCCCCAUUGCCCCGGAGCCCAGCUAGAUGCCCCAUCAUCCCACCCACCCCAGCAAACCACCCCCACUUCUGUCCCCUCCAGUGUCCAACCCAUUGACCCACUCGCUCAGCACCCUAUUCGCCUCUACCAACCUCCUCCAUCAUAACCACAAAAUCAACAACCACGAAUACAUGGGUCUUUUUAAAAUCCUUUAAAAAAAAACUUUUUUUGUUUGUUUUGGUUCCAUUUUUUUAAAGAAAUAAUGCAGUUUCAAUGCUCUUAAAAUUUUGUCCAGUGUUUGGUUUGUAAUAGAUAAAAAAAAAAAUAAGAACUAAGCAGAUUAUUAAAAAAUAAGACUAGUGACCGCUCAGAAAUUGCACUUUUGCAUGUCAGACCACACUCAUGUUAGUCAAUACUUCAGACCCGUUCACCAUGUCUUUUCAACAUUGCGCCCCCCCCCCCCCCCCCAACCCGUCUCGCUGGGUAGGUCUGGGGUUGCUGUGACCCACUUUCAAAAAAAAGAUUGAGUGAAAUUACACAUGAAUAUUUAUAAAUCUUAUAUUUUUUGUUUUUAUAUCUAUCUAUUCAUGUAGAGAUAAUUAAUUUUUUGUGUGAAAAGAGCAUGCACUUAUUUUCAGAAAAGGUAGAAGAUUGCCCCUAUUAAAAAUGACCAAAGGUAUAAGCAAACUAAUAUGUAAAAAAAAAAAAAAAAACUUAAGUAGGUGGCAAAAAUGUAGCAAAAUUGACAGCUAUCCGAUACUCAGUAGUAUGGUUCAAAAUACCCUAAUUAGAAUAACAAACCUUAUAUUGGACCUCCAUUUUUUUUAAAUGUCAAUACCUCAUACAGGCAAUCAGAUACUUUUCCUCCCUUCCCCCUCUUUGUUUUAAAUUUUGUCUUUGCCCUUUGUUUGUUUUUUUGUUUGUUUUGUUUUUUUAACAAGAUAUUCAUUUUUAGUGUUAUGUAAAUGUAAUUCUGCAAUAGCUUUUGCUGCUAAAUCCAUGAUGUGAGGCAGACACAUUACAUUAGUACUCUAUUCAGGCCUAGGGUGUUGAAUAUAGUCCCAGUGAAGACACUUGAUUUUUUAAAAUAUUUUUAUUUUUAUUUUAAACAGACGAGAUGCUGGCAUGAGACAGGGUGGGAUGCGGUCCCCUCUGAACUAAUCACUUGGGCCCAGAGUUGGGGGUGGAGAGUGACAUCGCCCCUAACUGCAUGUUUAUCUCAAUCAGGUUGCUGCAUGCAAUAGAGUUUUCAGUAUCAUGUCUACUAUUCAGCGCGGCUCACUUCUUUUGCACAACACCAGAUAUAGACAUAAGACUUUUUUUUUUUUUUUUUUGAGCACGGAACUGGACACGACAGGGGGAAGUUCAUUGAAAUGCUAAAAAAGGUAUGAAAAUUGUAAUACGACCCUUCAGUAAACCCCUUUUGAUAUUGGCUCGCUGGCUGUAUGGUGAGCAUGACAAAACCUGAUUAAUCAAUAAUUACAGUUAAGAAAAUAAAAAAAUUAGAUGUAUUAGGAUAUACUUUCAAAACAACUGUCUAUGAUAGGUGAAGUACUUUUUGCAGUGAUUGUUAAUAUAAUUGUGCAAUUUUUUAUACAGUAUGUAGUUAGGUCUGAGUAUGCCUAGAACUGUGAUUCGCUUUAACUGUUUUUGAUGUCCGACAUAGAAGUCCUGUGAAACUUCAUAACCAGUGUAUGUAUACAUACUGUAUGUCCAAGCUUAUGCACGUACACACUUACACCACACAAACACUCUCAAACAUGUCUCUCCCUAGUUAGUUCUCCUUUACUCAAACAAGAGACCUGUGCACACACUUUAGUAUACACGCACACUUUUCCAGUACUUUUCUAAUAGUUACACACACACACACACACACACACACACACACACACACACACACACACACACAGGAGAUGAGAUUGACUGUCAGUCUCCUUCCUCCAUUAACACAAUAUGUGAUCAUCGCCCCUCCCCUCCCCCUCCCCCUCCCCCGAGAAAAACAAAAAACAAAAAAACAACCAAAGAGCUCACUUGUCUAACAUUUAAACCACCAACACACUACCACAACAGGCUGAUACUGUGUUGGGCCACUUGUUUGAUGACCUGCCUAGCAGAUGCAAGCAGAUGCAUUUUGGGAGGAAAAAAGAGGAUUUCAUUUUGUUUAAAAAAGAACACUGGCUCUAAAGAAGAAAAAGAAACUGUGGAGAUAAAAGUGGGUGGUUAAGAUUAUGAGCUCUCAGCCUGCACAUAAUGUUUUAACACCGUGGCUUUGGCAGUGCUACAACAUUGCCAGAACCUUGUGUGCAUUUAUAUCCAGAUUCUUUCCUGCAAAGCUUGAAGUAUAGAAUAAACGACCUGCUAGAAAGGUGGACUUUUUUUUUUUUUUUGAUUUUUUUCUUUUUUCAUCGUUCACUAGGCAAAAGGCUGAAAUAUAUUUGGGGGUCUAGGGUUGACCACGUUGGGUAGUUACAGGAUGCAGUGGCUGAGAAGAGCAGUUCUGGUUGCUGAGAAGGAGAUUGGUCGAGUUGUGUGGAGGGUGUGAUUUUAUUUUUUAUUUUUUUUUAAACUUUUUUUGAAGCUGUUCUGAGGACAAUACCCAGGGCAGUAGAUGCAGAAUGUGAGUCCUGUUCCAUCCUCUCCUAGUGUUGUGAACCCUUGGUUAACCGCUAAACCCCUGCAGUCUUUUUGCUUUUGGUCACAGGCUGUCAGGCUUAGGGUGAGCCUUUAUAUUCAUUUUGGUUUCAGGAAGCUUAAAUAAAGAAAACUAUUUUUUGUUGUUUAAUGAGGAAAAAAACUUUAAAGAGGCUAACCAUGAGUAAUAAUUAUCCCUAUGAAAGUGAAUUCUGGGUGUUUUUGUGAUCUUUCUUUCUCCACCCAGAUGGGUUUUCUAUGUUGGUUCAUUCUCGAUGAAACACCUUUGUUAUGCACUACUCUUUCUAUCUGGACAGUUUUGGACAGUCAGUUAUAUUUUUUUUAAGAGAGAACGAGAAAGAGAAUAAAAGUGAUACGUGUGCUUUCUGACUGACAUGAUCUUUUGCAAUACCUCAAUUUUGAAAUAUAAUAGGAGAGAAAUUGAUAUUUUCUAAGUAAGUUUAUUCAGAUAAAAAAGUAUAUAUUAAUUUAAUUCUGCAAGAAAAAUGAUUUAACAGAUGGUUAAUUUUAUUUUUGUCAUGCUUAUUUGCUUUUAUUUUUAAUUUUAUUUUUGGAGAAAAUAAAAAAAUAUAUAUACUGAAGGAGUUAGAGCUUUAUAACUUUAAUAUAAUGACGUAGUUAGCUGAAGUACAGAGUCUACCUUAUUAUCGAGCUAAAGGAGAACCAGUCCCCUCACUGGAGUAAUCACCUAACAUGGUGAUACAAGUAGAGAAGCAGUCCCUGCCUAUUAGAACCCAAGAACAGAAAAAAAUUAGUCCAUCAGGUGCUGAGGAUAGGCAACUGAAGAGAUGUUCCCUUAUUUUGUAUAUUUAUAAUCAAUCAUUUACUACUCUGACCAGAAUUGUGAAAGAGAUCUUCUGCUUUUUUUUAAGAAAUUAUUUUUUAUUAUUAUUUUUAAAACUAUUGUGCUCUCUUUUGUUUGUUUUUUUCUUUCACUUUUUUGGUUGAUUUUGUAAAAGCAUCUUAAACCCAGAUAUAGUAAGCUGAAAUCACUAAUAAAGACAGAGACCUUUGAGAGAUAGAGAGAGGGGGGGGGGGGGGUCUUUGACGAAAGGUGGAGGGAGUGAGAAAAGAAUGUUAUUUUAUAAAACUACAAAAGAUACAAAAGUGUUUAAACUGUAACUUGAUCGAAAGCCCCCAAGGUGCAUCAAAGGAGUGGUGGCCUUCUGUUCACGCAAGACUUGAAUUAGACCCAUUUUUUUAAGGCUAAGAACCUUCUUUGUUGUAAUGUGCAAUACUGUUUGUACUGUUUGUAAAAAAGAAGAUAAAAAAAAGAAAAAGAGGCAUAAAUCUUUAUUGCAAAUUUAUUUUCAUUGCAAGCAUUGUGAUUCACUAAAAUCAUUUUCUACUGUGUAUUUACCUACUCUACAUGCUAGUACCUUCCAGUAGUAAUGUAGCCUUUGUACUGAGAAAUUUUUCAUUAUUUUUAGAGAUUUUUGCAAAAAAGAAAAUAAUUAAAACAUAUUUACAUAUUUUUCAUUUUUAUUUCGUAUUUUCUUUACAGACUUAUUUCUCAACCAUUAAUAUAGCUAUUUCUGGGGGAGACUUUCAUAUCUGGUCAAUGUCAUUAAUAUUAUUUUGUAUUUUUACUUGGAAUAAAUUAAUUUUAUGAUAAUUCUUAAAAAGGUUUAUUUUUUCUUUGUUCAUUUUAUUUUUUGAAGCUGAAAACCUUUGUAAUAUUGUUACUAAAGUGUCUAGAUUUUUGAAAUGCAAAGCUUUAUGUGUUACCUUGCUGAUAUUGCUGACAUUAGUGUGAAAAUGAUCUUAACUACAAGAAGAAGAAAAAAAACACCUCAAAACCAAGAUGGUUUGUAAUGUACAUGAUUUGGCUUUGUAAUGAAUGAAUGGCCAAUAAAAUACAUUAGCAGAAUGUGCAAGGCAGACAACAUUACUGAUCAAUCUACUGAUGCUGCCUCUUCUGCUGUCCAUGCCACCCAACUUAAUAUAGUUAAGUACAACCACCAACAAAAAACGAAACCUCUUACAACAGGCCUUAGGAGAUGUCAAAACAAUUUCUGGAAUUUUCUCUGACCCCAUAUAUAUUCACAUUUUCUCUUGUUUCAUCUAAAGUUGCCCUCUGGUGUUCCAGCCUUGAAGGCUAGUGUGAUUGUAACUUAGCUUGAAUGUAUUAGCGCUACUCACAAACAGUAAUUUGGUGUAUCUUAAGACCGUGUUGUACAGCAUAGCCAUUCCAUGACUAUGGCAUUACUGCACGACCACCAAAAUAUGUCUCACAUCAUGCAAUAUAUUGGAAAUUUACAGUACUCUGGCUGCUUUUUUUCAAACUGCUGGGAGAAGACUGCCAGUAGUUUUGAUAGAAAUGGAUAGAAUCUCAGCUAUCACUUGAAGGUCCCAGAGAGGUUCUGGCAUCUCCUUCUCGUGUGGCCUCCCUCUGAGUCAUUGGAUAACAUCCUAUCUAGCUUGCCCCCUUGGACAUUUGGACAGGAGGUCCUUCACUAACCCACAUCUAGUACUAACAUCAUGGUCCCCACCACCCCUUCCCCAAGGGCCAGUAUUAUUGUCAUACCACCAAGUAUUGAUCUGUUUAUUCAUUUGUUUUAUGAAUCCAAUUUUUGCAACCAUUUUAUACCCUAACAAGUGAUAACUGAAUGACUGAAGGCGUCACAAAAGUUUGGUGGGGGGCAAAAAAGGAAAAAAAAUCAAGAAAAAAGGGAAAAAUGUGAAGAAAACCAACAAAAAAGCCAUGUGUUUGGUGAAGGUGGCCAUCUCAUUUUCUCUAUAAAUGUCUAUAUAUUUCAUGUAACACUAUAUUUGGGUAGUAUGUAUACACUUCUGUUCCAUGGACGUUCUCUCUGGGCAGCCUAUAGCCCGCUCAAUCAUGUUGUGAUUUCAGAAAAAAAAAAAAAAAGAAAAUCUAAGAAGGUUGACAAACUGCUACUUCCUAGCUGUGUUCUUAAACUAACCACUACUUAUAAAUGUAUCUUUUUUAAGAUGUAUUUUUUUUUUCUUAUUUAUCUUUUUAAUUUAAGUGACAUAACUGGUUCUAUCUUGACACGGCUUUGAGAUUGUUAACCUGGACCUAUGCUUGUCUGAAGUUGCAGUAAAACUGUGAUAGAAGAAAAAAA